AUCAGCUGUGUCCAAUCACAGCUGAUCACAUGGGACAUCUACACUGAUCAUCAGGGCACUGAUGAUCAGUGUAGCCCCAGCAGUGCCACCUGUCAGUGUCCAUCAGUGCCAGCAGUCAGUGCCCAUCAGUGCCACAUCAAUGCCACAUAUCAGUGCCCAUCUGAGCUGCCAGUCAGUGCCACCUAUCAGUGCCAUAUAUCAGUGCUGCCUUUCAGUGCCCAUCAGUGAUGCCUGUCAAUGCCCAUCAGCGCAACCUACCAGUGCCUCAUCAGUGUCCAUCAGUGCCGCCUAUCAGUGCCCAUCACUGCAGCCUCAUUUG